AGAAAUUGGAAAAUGAGAGAGGAUUUGGGUUGGAUAGUGGAGAGAUUGAGGGAGAUGAGACUUGGAAUGAUGAUUCUUUGGGAGAAAAUUGAUUGUGUAGGGUAUAAAUGAUGCUAUUGGUUUAACUGAAGAUGAUUCUAAGUUGUGAAGGCUUAAAGAACUUGAAGAAAUUAUUAAAUAUAUAGAAAAGAUUCUUAAAGAAUAUACAUUUAAUAAGUCUCAGAGUUUUGUAAAGAGACUAAAGCAGAUCUUUCAAGCUGUAUAUAAAAUAAAGGAAGAUAUUGGCCAAAUUGAAAUGAACAUUUCACAGAAUACUAAUCCUCAAACUUUCAUAAGACUUAGAGCUCUUGAUAAAACCAUUCAUAACAUCCUUAUCACACAUCACCCAACAUUCUGACAAAAACCUGAAAUAAUAAACCCUCUAAAAACUGAAGAACAAGAAGAAGGUCAGGCAAGCAGCAAGGUUUGAACUAAAGGAGGACAGAGUAGUAAAAGUUGUAAGCAGAAGGAGCAGGAAACUGAAGAGGAAGUAGAGGAGAUUUUAGAUAAGUUAUGGAUUUAUGGGCUUAAUAAUAUGAAGAUUAGUGUUCAGAAUUUAGAUGAGCAGAUUGAGAAUUAUUUUGAUGGCAAGAUAUUUAUUUGGAUGAAGAAUAAGAACAGUCUCCUCUUUGUCAAAAAAUUUCAGAAAAUUCAGUUGAUUAACUUGGAAUAUUUCAAACUCUAUGAUUGUCCCUUAAAUAGUAAGAGCUUAAGAGAUAUAAUGAGACAUUGGCUCUCUAAAUAAGCUAGAUAGGUUUACUCUAAGAAUUCUGAGCUUGACAAAUAUUAAGAAUUAUCUACCUCAAAUAAUUCAUGCUAGUCAUAAAAUUUAUAAAGAAAUAACAAUCUGGAAUUUUAAAAUCAAUGAGCCUCAAAUGAAGAGACUUUUAGCAGCCAUUAAGUUCAUUCCAAAUAUAUGAUUUGUUGAAUGAAAGCUCAUUUUACACGAAGUUCCAAAUUUUAGAAGAUCCCUUUCAGGAACUACAAUCAAGGAGAUAAAUUUUGAAGAUUUAGGAUCGCCUGCUUUCAAUGAUUGGGAAGCAAAUCCUGAAAAUUUUGAGAUUCUGAUUAAAGCUCUUUUGAAAACUGAUCUCAAGAAAACUCUUUCAGAAAUAAAUUUAUAUUCAUGCUCAAUCGAAGAAGACACCAUCGAUCAAAUCAUCAAGAAAUACGACCUAUCCAACAUCGAAUUCCAAAUCCAACCUUAACUCUACCCAAUUCCCAACCACUCACCCCCAAAUCUCCUAAAAUUUCCC